AUGCUCUGUCCGUCUUGGAUACUCUGGUUGAUAGGUGUUGCGUCGAUAACGAGUGUCGCACUUGCUCUGCCUUUCCAAGACUCUUAUCUCGACGGAGAAAACCUUGUUUGGAUAGAAAAGCACUGGUGCUCCUAUGCAGAUGGCGCUCACCUCAACGACUCGGACGACCUUGAAGUCCUCCGGGAUGCUAAUCUCAACCAGGCGGUUGAUAACAAUAACGUCAUAAAUAUCCCCGUCAAUGUUUUCGUCGUUGGCAACCCCGAGGCAGUGGCAAAACUGACUAAAGUAUCGAACCAUCCCGCAUUCGUAGACCUUAAACUCCAGGUCCACAGAGCUUUACUGACAUGUGAUUUCAUCCAGACUUCUCCGAUCCUCAGACUGAAAGAGACUCUCGAGGAGGGAUACUCGGGUCUGGGAAUCUCUUUCAGCCCCCUGAAGUCCUACAUUCUCCCGGGAAAAGUGCAUGGGGAAUAUGUAUACUCCACCCGCGUUACGGAAACCUCGCUCAGUCUGCAGCGCCAGGUCCGCGCCGGUGGCGCCGAGACGCUGAAUAUAUACCUUGUGGCCAACAUGACACCCGGUCUCCUGGGAUUCGCCUACUUUCCCCAACUCCUACAGAGGAACGUAGCAGAUCUCUUGACCAUCGACGGCGUCUUCCUCGGCCACGGCGCCAUGGUCAGUUACCUGUCGAAGAAGGCCAUCAUCCACGAGGUGGGUCACUGGCUUGGCCUCUUCCACCCGUUCGCGGGAGGUUGUGCCGUCCCGGACGGAGACCACGUGUCGGAUACCCCGCAGGCGGAAGUCAAGGGCGAUCUGUCGUGCACCGAUGGCAAGGAUUCGUGCCCUGCGCUUCCCGGUCACGAUCUGGUCCGUAAUUACAUGACGUACUCCACUUGGUAGGC